AUGUGUGAUUACGGUCAAGCCAAAGUAGACUGCCAGUAUCAGCCCAACGCUCUAGGGGAAAACAGCGAUUCCGACCGCCGAGAUCCGUACCAUCCCAUUCGCACGCGGGCUCCUGCAGAUAUGUACAGAUGGGAGGUGCCUCCUCCUGAGACUACUGGUGUGACCUCGAUCCAGCAAAGCAACCUGUAG